AAAAAAAAAAAUAAUAAUAAGAACAACGCGCACUUCGUUUAAACUCAGUGCAAAUGGACAUCUACGUUUGCAGAAAGUUUAUUUGUCGAGUUAUUUAUAUGUAUUCUGCUUGCUGGCCCCGUUAAACCUUCCUAUAUCCUAGUGGAACUGUAGUUGAAGGACUUGGUGAACACGGAAGGGAUAGACCGCGUACCAGCGUGUUUCUCUCGUACGGGUGACCCCUGAGGACAAAUAACACGUCUAAAGUGUGAGAUUUUCUACCUGAAACAGAGAUGCUCUCUGUUAUUUUCAGAAGAAGCACCCUUGCGGCCCACAAGGUGUUGCGUUGGGCCGGUCCUCCACAAAGAUGCUGGACAUCAGCCCUGACCAGAGCUACAACAGCACGGCAGCCGUUCUCAGAAAGGAACAACGGACGAGUAAAACCUCCCGCUGGCUUCGGCUUCGGCUUCGGGAGGUUUGAGCUCUUCCAGAGGACCCAGACUCAUCCGGCUCCUUUCUUCCUGAACAACCAACAUUUCCACUCUUCUGCUGUGAGGCUGAAGAAGCGACCUCGGCCCGAACCUCCUCCCAGAGAUCUGGAUCUGCUACGCUAUGACAUGAAGGACUUGUGGAAAGGUCCCAAACCUGCCCUGUACCUGGGGUUUGCAGGGCUGAUCCCCUUCGUCGCCCCUACUCUGUUCAUGGCUGUGACUGAGAGCUACUGUCCGGAGUUGGCCUACGCUCAGUUAGCGUAUGGUGCCGCCAUUGUUUCCUUCCUGGGUGGAGCUCGCUGGGGAUUCGCUCUUCCUGAGAGCAGCCCCGCUAAACCUGACUGGAUAAACCUGGCCAACAGCGUGGUUCCCUCCCUGUUGGCCUGGGUGACAAUGCUGAUGAGCAACAACAUUACUGCUGCAGCCACUAUGAUUAUCAUGGCCCUUGGAAUCUCACUGCAUUAUGAUCUGUCUCUGCUGCCCACUUACCCCAGCUGGUUCAAAGCCCUGCGCGCCGUCCUCACCACUGUGGCGUUUUUUUCUUUCCUCGGUACUCUCAUACUCAAGGAAAUGUAUCCAGAAAAGAAGAUAUUCACGGAUUAAAUAGUAUUUAAAUAUUUGAAACUAUAAA